AUGGAGCCCGAGACACUGGCAACUGGUACCCUUGUGCUGUUCUCGAUGCCCCCCUCGCCAUCUUCAGCGUCAUCUAUGCCCCUUCCCAGUCGCGACCGGGAGGGUGGUACCAAGCCGUCGGUCUCCAAGCCGUCGGUCUGGUCCAUCGACCAUACCUCGGGGAACACGGCGUCACCUAUGGCACAGUGUGAUCGAGACGAGCCAUGGCGAGAAGGCAAAUGCUGUAAAGAAUUUAUCGGUGACGACGACGGUCGCACCCUCAUGAAUCCAGACGUCGUCCGGGAUGUCGUCAUCGGCAUAUCCGACGGCCUCACAGUCCCAUUCGCGUUAGCGGCUGGUCUUUCCUCCUUGGGCGAAUCGAAAAUCGUCAUUCUCGCAGGCAUCGCCGAGCUGAUUGCUGGAGCGAUCUCAAUGGGAAUUGGCGGUUUCCUCGCUUCGCAGGCUGAGCGGGACCACUACCACUACUUGCAAAAACAGACACGGGCUCGCGUUAUGCGGAGCUGCGAGGGCGAAAUGCGGCGUGAGGUGCACGCCGUGCUCGGCCCCGUCGGUGUCGACGAGAAGGCCAGCUGCGCCGUCGCGCUUUGUCUGAUGAAAGCAGAGGCGGACGCACCGCCCGAGGACACCAGCCAGAGGGACGUGGGAAGCAGGUCCAGCUGGUCUAGCUGGACGAGCACGACCAUAUCGAACGAUUCCGAGUCCUGCUUACGAUGGAGCACGGAUGUGGGAUUGUCGGCCUUUUUGCUGAAGUUCGGGGAAGGUCUGGAGGAGGUAUCCACGCGCCGGAUGUAUGUCUCUGCCCUCACGAUCGGCAUGGGCUACUUCGUUGGUGGUAUCAUUCCACUCAUGCCUUACGUCUUCGAGCCGGUUGCGCAAAUCGCUUUGAUGUACUCGUGUAUUGUCACCGGUAUUAUCCUCCUUAUUUUCGGCCUCGUUAAGGCGCGUAUGACGGGUGCGACUGGACACGCAGGCUACAUAUGGGGUGCAAUUACCACGUUGCUCGUGGGUGGUGCAGCCGCAGCGGCCGCAUAUGGUAUCGUUGCGGUGCUCGAAGGUUGA